GCCGCUCAUUUGCUUGAAAAUAGUUUUGUAGGAAAGUCGUAGAAAUCUAAAAAAGGCUAUAAAAGUUCUCUAUUUUUCCUCCAAAAGAAUUUAUUUGAUGACUGCUGGAAGUUUUUGAGUUGCUUGAGGUUUAAAAACGAUCCUCAGCUGAAUAAGACUGAAGUUAUACAGUAUACUGCAUUGCUAAAGACUAAAAUGUUUAGAGCUACGAAGUCGACAGAGGAGGCUGAUAGUGACUCAGAUUGGGACAGUCUGUCUGGUGGAGCAGAACCACGAUCUGACAACGAGCCGUCCCCAACACCACAUCCACCAACUUCACUAAACACUAACUCAACUCACAUUCAAACACCUAACGUUAAAAACACAUCAACACCUGUUAAAAGUAAUGUCAAAUCCGCUCCAAAGACAGCGACAACUACGAAUCUUAGACCAGGGAAAAUGUAUGGGAAAUCUCCAGGUGUGACAACGUUUGUAGACAGGGGUGAUUAUAACGACAGCACUGCUGAUAGACGACAAAAACUUUCACCAAUUCCAGUAGAUUCUAAUUCAAAUAGAAUAAGUAGUAAUGUUGGAAGUAGAAGACAAGAAAAUGCAUUGGAAAUGAAUGAAUUGGAUUUGAAUCCUGUGAGAAGUGGACACACCAACAUGGGAUUUCAUCGAAGUGGCGAUGACAAUCCCCCUUAUGACUUCAAAGAUGCUUUACCCAAGCAGGACACCAGAGGAGGAAGACCUGAACAAAAACAGCACAAAAUGAAAAAAGCAUAUAUAAGGAACCAAACCCCUGACCCUGCCAACACACUGACACCAAGACUACCAUCUGACCAUUCCUGGGAUAAUAGUGACCAGGAAGAGGAAGAUGGUCCUGGAAUUUUUCCUUCUACAUCACCAAGAAUGUCCAAUCACAAGCAACAAGCAAACAAGAGCUUCAAAGGGACAGGAGAUAUUCAAGAAUAUGCCAUUGAUGUUGACAUACCUGAUGAUGAGGCUUGUUGUGUUCCAUAUCAGAAAAAGAAAGGAAAUGGCUAUACUUACAUGUUUCAUCAUGGUAAGUUCCAGUAUUUUAGUGUUGUACCUGAAUGGAGAGAACCUUACAUGAAAACUAUAGGAGAAAGGACAGAGCGGUGGCUUACAUACUUUUGGCAGGAAUUCUUUGGUACUAUAGGCCUUCUAGUUGACUUUGGACUUAUUUUUCUAUUGGAGCUCAUCAAGUUUACAUUUCGUAAAGUGCUGGUCAGACUACUAGUUGGAUUCAUUAUCGUAUUUGGUGACCAUUUACUCAAGCCGGUACUAGCAGCUCUGUUUAAUAGUUUCCUUCAGCCUAGUCUUAGUUUUCUCUGGAACUCUUUUGUUGGACUUAGAAAUGCUAUUCAGCCUUUACUGGACAUUACUCAAGAAGUAGUAUCACAAGCAACUUCUUUACUCAAAGGAUUUAGAUUGUUUGAACUAAACUGGAGACCAGUUUUGGACACCAAUGCUAAUAAUUCCAGGGUUUCACAGCAGUGCAGGAUUCAAGAGUUAUAAAUCAUCAUAUUACGUAAAGCUAUUACAGUUAUAUGAUUUUAGUAUAAUUUUAAAGUGAAUAUAGUUUAGUGCACUGUCAAGCAGUGAUUAUUUGAGGAGCAGUGAUUAUGAGGUUUCCCAAAAUUGCCAAAGCAGAAGUACAUGUACCCU